ACAUUGUUUCCAUUUUAAAUCCAAUUUUUAUGAGGUUUUUAAUAAUUAGACAAAUGUAAUAGUAUUUUAUAUACUUGAGCUGUUUUGUGCAAAAAAUCUGAGUGAAAUUUAUGUUUGAACAUUUACUACAAUAGUUAAAACAGAAAAGAGUAAUAUUGUUUAAAAUAACACUUUAUAUACAUUUCAAUUAUGGACGAAGCAAAAUUUUUAUGACAUGUGGAUUAGUUUUUAAUAAAAAAGAUGACUGAAAAACAUCAACAAAAGUUAUUAAGAGUUUGCAGAAUUUGUGGAAAUUUAACAGGAAAAGACUCUCUAACAACUGCCAGUAGGACUGAAAGAAUAUUUAAUGUUUUUAAAAUAAAUACUAAAGAAGAUUGUGUAGAGGUUCAUCCACCACAAAUGUGCCUAAAAUGUUAUUCAACUAUGAAGAAUAUUGAAACACGAGGAAAUAAACUAUCUAAGAUUAAACCAAAAAUUUGGUUAAAAUGUCCAACAAAGGAGUGUAUGUGUAUUUAUGGUAAGGUUGGUUGAAAACCAUCUCCAAAUGUUGGACGGCUAGGAGUUUUUAAAAGAUGGACACAACUAAAUAUAAACUUGUUUCUUGAAUCCUUGCCCUUACCUUUAAACAAAAAAGAAAUUUCUGAAUUCAAUAUUCAGCUAAACCCACAUAUAACAUUAUGUAUUUGUAAAGUUUGUGGGAGGAUAAUGCAUCAACCAGUCAUGAUCAAAGAUUGUCAGCACUCGUUUUGUAGUCAAUGUAUUAUAUCAAUUAUUAAAGGUAAGCUAGAAAAUGAAGCAAGAUGUCCUGUUUGUUUAACCUGCAUUAUGAUUAAUAGCCUUUGUAGUUCUGUUCAUGUAUUGGAGAUGAUUGAACAUUUGUAUAUUGCAUGCAAGAUUUGCGAAAAAAACUUUAUUAAAGACAAGUAUGAAAAUCAUGAGUGCAAAAAAGAUCAUUUAUUAAAUAAUUCCAGCACAAUAGUUGAUGAUUUAUUUAAAGUUGAUAAGUCAAGUCAUAUUAGCAAAUGUAGGGGUACCGUGAAAUAAAUUAAAAACUAUGACUAGAUGGUUAAACUCAAGAAAUAUUAAGACUGCUUCAAACUUUAAACAAAGAGUAGUUGCAAAUACCUGGGCAGGAAAUGAUCUUGUUGUAUUAAAUGGAGAUUUUACAUUUCAAAAUGAAAAUAAUAAGUCAGUUUUUGAAAUCAAACAUGCUCCCUGGGCAUACAUAGACACCACUAAUAUUAAAAACCUGUUAGAUAUUCUUGAAAGUUUUAAGUUAAUAAAACAUGAUGGAAUAAAAAAUGAUGAAAUACACAUAAAAAUUGGAGGAGACCAUGGAGGUGGUUCAUUUAAAAUGAGUUACCAAAUUGUAAACCAAGACCAACCAAACUCAAAAUCAAAUAGUAUUGUAUUCAGUACAUUUGAAGCAAGAGACUACCGAACUAAUCUUAAAGUAGGGUUAUCUCGAUAUACAUUACAAGUUGAUGAGAUACAAAAAAUGAUAUGGCAAAAUCAUAAUGUUCGUGUUUUUAUAUUUGGAGAUUAUGAUUUCCUUUGCAGUGUAUAUGGAAUCACAGGAGCGAGUGGUCGACAUUGCUGUCUUUUUUGUGAUAUAACCAAAGAAAGUAUCCAGUUGGCUCCAAUUAGUAGAGAGAAUGGUGUUUCACAACGAUCUCUAAAAUCUUUAAACAUUGAUUUUAAUCGAUUCCAAAGUAGUGGAGGAAAUUUGAAAAAGGCUAAGUUUUUUAAUAAUGUGAUUAAUGAAACUUUGUUUCACAUUCCUCUAGACCAGGUAGCAGUACCUGCUUUACAUAUAUCUUUAGGAACCUAUUUGAAGUUUUUUAACAUGUUUGAAGAUGAAUGUCACUUGUUAGAUAUCAAACUUGCUGGAGAGCUUGCACUAAAAAAUAAUACAAUUGGUAAAGAUGAUUUUGACAAAUACAUUAAUAUGCAUAUUCAAUCAAAUCUUAUAAAAAGUGUUAUUGAGGACUGUGAUAAUAAAAUUACACUUUUACAAGACACAAUUUCAUUAAAAGUUUUAUGUGAACCAGACAGAACAGAAGAAAUAAGGAAAAUUUAAAAAAAACUGAUAAGAUGAAAGAACUAAAUUCAUUAAAUGAAGCAAACAUUCUUGAUAAAAUUUCAGGUCCCUGCAUUCAGCAACUUGAUGAAAUUUUAAAGGCUAAUCAGGUACAAAGACAGGCUUAUCAUGGGAAAUGCUUUGUUGGAAACCAUGUUCACACAAUGCUUAAGCCUCAACCUUUGCUAGAUUUGUGCAACUCUAUUCCAAAACUGAUUUCAAAUCUUGGUUUUAUUGAUACAGACGUUCAUUUACUCUCAGUUAAUGUGAGCCAAAAAUUUAAACAGUUGUUUCAAUAUUAUUCCAAAUGUCAUAACUUGAUGAACAGCUCACAAUCAUUUCAAGAAAAUGAUGUUCAGGAACUUGAAUCAGCAAUCUGUAAUCUUAUGGAAUUUUAUAGAUCAACUUGGCCAAAUGCAUCUGUAACUCCAAAGAUGCAUUUGCUUGAAACACAUGUUCUUCAAUUUAUUCAAAAAUGGGGAUUAGGCAUUGGAGUUUAUGGAGAACAAGGCGGAGAAAGUUUGCAUGCUGAAUUUAACAAUCUUAAUCGUUUGUUUUGUCAUAUGAAAGGUUGUAGCCGCUUGAAAAGCAUGGUGAAAGAACAUUAUGUAAGAAACCAUCCAAAAGCUAAAGCAAUGAAGCCAGAAA